AGGCAGCAUUUUAGUUUGACACUCACAGUAGAAAAUAGGCGACAAUCAAGACUGUGACUUGAGUUUUCUUCUUCUUUUCAUUCAUCUUCAUUAAAAGUCACUGAGUUUAACCCCAACAGGAUUUCUGAAGAGAUUAAAAAAGCAGACCAGAGGCAUCCAACCAUGUCUGAGGGGUAAGUUAUUUAAAUAUCUAUUGAUUAUUUAAAAAUUAACCAUGUAUAAAAUUGUUGUUUCAUGAUGUCAUUACUCAACCUGUAUCCUUAUUGCUUUCUUUUCCAAAUCUCUUCUUCCACAGGCCCGUAAGUAUUAUUAUUAUCUUAAAAUUAUUUAUCUUUUAAACCAUGUGGGUCUUUUUAUGUAACUGUUUUCCUCUUCUGCCUCUUAUGUAGAAAAAAUCAAAGAACUCUGCCUCCCGCAGGCUGGCUCUAAAGACCAAACUGCUGAAGAUGGCGACGGUGAUGUUGGAGAAGGAGAAGGAGGCGAAGAAGCUGGAGAGAGAAAGUUCUCUGAGCGAGCGAGUCCCUUCUGUCCAGCUGUCUGGUUUGUCCAUGCAGGACCUUCAGGCUGUGUGCAAAGACCUGUACCAUAAGAUUGAUGUGGUGGAUGGCGAGCGCUACGACAUUGAAGCCAAGGUGGUGAAAAAUAGCAUGGAGAUUGAGAAUCUGUCUCAGAAGAUCUUCCAGCUGAAGGGCAAGAUGAACCGGCCCACUCUGAAGAGGGUGAAGAUCUCAGCCGACGCCAUGCUGGGAGCGCUGCUGGGCUCCAAGGUGAAAGAGUCCGUGGACUUCAAGGCCAACCUCAAGACUGUGAAGAAAGAGGAGGAGAAGAAAGAGGAGGUGACUGACUGGCGUAAGAACGUUGAGGCCAUGUCUGGUAUGGAGGGCAGGAAGAAGCUGUUUAAUGCAGGACAGUAGAUCUGCAUGUUUGGAUACUUUAAAUAUAAAUGCUCUUUUACAAUGGACAGAAAUAAGAAUGGACAAAUGUGAGUGUGCAAUAUUUAGGGUUUAAGAUUUAAUUCAAGAUUCAAAGGAAGUAGAUUGUGUAUAUUUAAAAUAUAAUUUACUCCUGUCCAUGAUUUGAUGGCCUUGGCACCUGGAUACCCACCCCAGAAAUCAGCAUUGUGAAAUCUGCUGUGUUUCAUGCUCUGUCAAUUUGUGGUGAAUCCCGGUUUACCUCAUGAUAAUAAAUACUUCUGAUGAAAACACAAAGUUAAUGCUGUUCUUUUGUUUUUAAACAUCUACCUUCACAUCACCUUUGCCCAAGACUGGGAUCACAAGUCAGUUGGUAGUAAAAAUUCUAGGACCUGGCAGUUGACAACAAUGGCAGCUGAGAACAAAGUUGUUAAAUCCUCUCUGCAAUCAAAAGCAGAGCUGUGAACGUUCCAAAAUAAGAGAGGUCGCAGGUUCAAGGCUGCAAUAAACUGCUCAGUUAAAACGUCAAGGAGCAUGGUUACAAUCAGCGCACCUCCUCCUAAAUAUAAUCAUUACAGACACAAUUAGAGACACACAAGACCUUUUCAUAAUAAAAUAAUAUUUAUCCAAUUAUUUCAAGAUUUUGCUCUAGAUUUAGUUUCUAAAUAUUUUGGGUUUGGUACUGAGGCUCUGACAGAACAAGCAAUUUGAAGUGGUCACACAAUUUAAUUUAAUGGGACUGUUGGGUCGUGGUGAGGGGGAUGUGCUCAACUGAGUUAUAUUUUUGUUAUGAUCAUAAACUCUGCAGUAUGUUAAAGAGAUGCCAUUUCCUAGAUGCUUCUUUAGCGAAGCCUCUUUGAGUACCGUGGCCCUCGUAAAGCUUCAGAUUGCUAUCCCACUUUGGAUGAGCCAGUAAGACUCACUCCACUGCUGCUCUUUCAGUCCUGGUACAAAUGUCGUGCCUCCUUCUCCACCCUCCUAUAGUCACUCUCAAGGAUGUAAAUGUUCCCCAUCAAUCGCCGGUUAAUGCCUCCUCUGCUAUUGCACCUGUUUUUUCAGCCCCAGCAUCCACCUGCCGGCUCCAGCAGAGAGGUUUUCAAUACUGUAAUCAGUGAUGAUUGUGGAGCCUCUGCACCAAACUCAAAUUAUUUAUGUUGCUGUAAUUAACAUUUCACACACAAGUUGAUGAAAUAAACUGGACACUAGGUUACCUGGCAGCAGACUCUGACAAUAAUCAUCAUGUUAUGAUGAGUUCACACUCACUGCUUUCUUUUAAAGGUGAGCCUAUUUACAAACUACCAAAAGAUUGUAGGCAUACCUGUAUGUCUGUGACAGCACAUGAGCCCUUGCGAGUUCAACUUCCAUACCUUCCCACCUGCUAAGCAACAAAUUGGUAAAUGAUCAGGUCAGAUAUGUAAUGUCGACAUCAUUUUUAGAGGUGGUUUAAGAAAAAAAAAUAAACUGGUGGCAUUAUGGGAGGUAGAAGAUCCACUAUUUUUAGGAUUUUGAUCAAAUAUGUAUAAGAGACAACAUGUCUGGAUGUCUCAGUCUCUUCUGUAUCAGUACUGUCCAGUCUUUUUUCUCAUCUUCUGAGAAUUCCAACUUUAUGGAAAUGCAAUGCUAAGUGCUUGUGGUACCACUUUAAAGCUAUGGGUUUAAAGCAAAGUUAAGAGUCGUCUCAAGAUAAUAUUUGUGUGUUUCGUGUUUUGUGUUCACUAUUCUCUGUGAGGACCUGAGUCACUCAGUGGCCGAGCAUUUUACUCCUUGUUGCAACAGAGGCUAGCUCAGCUUACGGAACCUUCAAGCCUUGACCAGCAGCUGUUCUUGUUCCUCUACUCCCCUGAAUACAAACCAGUGUAAUCAUUGGCUUUGUUCUUAACUACAAGGUGGUCCUGUAACGUGUAAGCAAACUGCAGGAGUCGUUGAUCAUGCAAAUGCAAUGGAAUAGUGAUGUACCGUCAAAUGGAUAGAGGAUAUCAGAAAUGAUGGAAAGAGAAAAAGCUGAUUCAAUUCUAGCAACAGCAAGAAGUUGCUGACAUUUCUCCCAAAAUAAAUUAGAUGGACCAUAGAUGUAUUUGCAAAUAAGAACAUUUUUCAUUUCCAAGACAGCUGAUGUGGCCAUUUUAAACACGGAUAUGAAAUAUUUGAGUUGGCAGCACUUUAAGCACUUCUAUACAAAUCUAUGGCAUGACAUCUCGACAUGAUCCAGAUUCACAUGGGGUGCUGAUUUAUUUGUUCCAUAUAUUAAGGUGCAGCACGAUGAAAUGCGGAUACUGUAGUUUGAAACCUUUCUUCAGUUUGACACCUUAUAAACUUGGCUCUAUCUGGUCAAGACACUGACCCAGCCUGAGUGAGGCCAGCCCUUUAAAUGCUCCCUGCCACCUCCAACAGCAGGUGCUGUUGAACCCAGGCCAGAUGGCCCAAGGUUUAGGCCCAUAAAUGCACUUUUAUGACCCCCUUUCCUGUCUGAAUAUUGAAGAGAUGCCUCGUACACCAGUAAAUGUCAGUGUUAGUGCACACAUUGUAGCAGUAGCACAGAUAGCAAGGGGUCUAUUUCCGUGAGCAAUCCGCAUUUGGCACGGACACUAUAAAUCUGAUUUUUCUCCACUGCUGCCCCUUCACACAUACUUUUCUCAAGGAGCUUCACUAAGGUACGGAGGUGCUCUUCUGAUACUUAUGGAUUACAGUAGAUUGAUGUGAGAGUUUAAGACGAUCAUGGCUGAUGA